AUGAGUCAAAUGGCUCGAGAAUGUAUUAAUAUUAUUAGUAUGUUCAGGCAUCAAACUAUAUGCGAGUCUACUUUUCUAAGGUUUUCUGUGCAGUGGCCAUACUUUGUAAGCCAAAGCAAGAAAAAUGGUUGAAUAACUACUCAUCCGAAAUUAAAGAUGUAUUCCACCCUAAAUUAUAUAUCUGAGGGUUUAUCUGCAGAUAAUCAUAUAUUAAAUCCUUAUUAUGUAACAGGAUUUACAGAUGAAGGCAGUUUUUUAAUAAAUAUACAUAAAAGGUCAGACCUAAUAUUAGGUUAUAGUGUCAGCCUAUCUUUUAAGAUAAAAUUACAUUUAAAAGAUAAAGAAUUAUUAGAAAACAUAUCUAACUUUUUUAAUGUAGGUAAAAUUUAUCUAAGAAAAGAUGGGUAUGUUGACUACAUUGUAAAUUCAAUGAAAGAUCUAUACUUCGUAAGAAGAGAAGUUAUUAUUAAUCAUUUUAAUGAUUAUCCAUUAAUUACACAAAAAUUCUCUGAUUAUAAAUUAUUUAAAUUAGUAUUUGAAUAUAAAAAAAGAGAACAUUUAGGCUUUACUUACUUACUUACGUACGUACGUAAAGCCAAAAAUAUAAUUGCUUCUUUAAGGCCUCAAACUAUUACACCUGAAUUGGAAACUAUAGAUCCACAUUGAGUAUCUGGUUUUGUAGAUGGUGACGGAUGUUUUUACAUAUCAUUAACUAAUAAUUCAACUGGCGUAGGCUUAGUAUUUAAAAUUACACAACAUACUAGAGAUACUGAUUUAUUAAAAGAAUUUGUGAAUUUUUUUAACUGUGGACGUUACAGUUUAAGUUCACCAGAGGCGGGUGAUUUUAUGGUUACUAAAUUUGAAGAUAUUUAUACUAAAAUUAUACCUUUUUUUAAUAAAUAUACUUUAAAGGGUUCUAAGUCAUUAGAUUUUUAUGCUUUUAAUCGUGCUCUAUACUUCGUAAGAAGAGAGUUAAUAAUAAAUAAAGCUCAUCUUACUUCAGAAGGGUUUGAAUCAAUUAAACCAAUUAAAUUAGGCACGCUUUAUUUCGGACGAAGUACCGCCGCUUUUAUUUCGGACGAAGUACAGCCGCUUUUAUUUCGGACGAAGUACAGCCGCUUUUAUUUCGGACGAAGUACAGCCCACGCUUUUAUUUCGGACGAAGUACAGCAGACAAAUAAAAAAAGAAUAACUAAAUCUAUAAUUACUAAUGUACAAAAAAGAACAUAUGUAACAACAAAAAUUUGUAACAAGACCACAUCACAUGAUUUUAAUGAAUGAUUAUCUGGACUAAUAGAUGGCGAUGGUCAAUUUUUUGUAUCUAAAAAAGGUUAUGCUAAUUUUAAAAUUGUAAUGAAAAAGGAAGACACAUUAGCACUUAAUAGUUUAAAGCAGAAAUUUGGUGGAUCUAUUAAAGAGAUAUCUUCAGGUUUAAAAUAUAAAUUAGCACAUAAAAAAGGGUUAAUUAAAUUAGUUAAUAAUGUUAAUGGUUUAAUUAGAAAUCCUUCAAAGAUGUUACAAUUAGAUAAGGUUUGUAAAUUAUAUGGCGUAAAGUUUGAAACAUCUAAACCUUUAACUUAUUACAACGGAUGA